GCAAAUCGACCAUAUCGAGGAGAGGACGCCGUCCGCGCGCCGGGACGCACCGCUGUAACGCGUUGGAACGACGCGUUCCGAGCAUCUCUCCGAGCCGCUGUCGCAGGCACCAGCGCUGCGGCAGGGCCAAGAGCUUGGGCAGACAGAGAUCCAGCCUCCUGUUCCCGCCGCGCGCGACCGUCCGGCGUACGCAAGAACCAGAUGAAGCGCGGCUCCGAGGAAGGCGACGAGGACAAGGAGGCGAAGAAACCCAAGGAGAUGGCGGCACCCGCACCCGCGCCGGCGCCCUCACCAGAGAAGGAGGCCGAGGCCCCGGUGUGUAACGUGGGCAACCUCCUCGAGAUCUGCGACCAGGACGUCGACUUCGCCGUCGAAUUGGUCGGCGAGGGCGGCCAGGAGAUGACGGGCCACGCGGCCAAGGCCGUGUCCAGAGCCACGUCCAUGGACGACGCGUGGUUGAGAGCUGUGAGGAAAUCAGACUUUGAGCGCCUUCAAUUUUUGGUGUGUCGUGGUUUGCGUGAGGUGCUGCUCUCUGGAUACGGUCGCGUGUAUCUCUCGGAGAUCGUGUCCGAGUUUGAGCUGAAAACAUGGCCGCGGUGCCGAGACUCACUGGUUGAUUUCCACACAGGCUCACGGCGAUCAAGACGCACGCGCACUCCAUCAAGGGCGUCGCCGGGAACCUGGGCAUGGAGCGGCUACGGGCCCACGCGGCGGCGACGGAGUCCUGGGCGCGCACGACGGCGGCCGAGGUGGAUAGGAAGCCUGAAGAUGGACCUCUGGCCCUCGAGAAGUCGCAGCGCCUCGUGGAGCUCGUGGCGGAAGUGGUGGAGUGGGGCAAGUCAUCUAGGGCGACGAUCGAGGCGCACGCGAGGGCCAAUCCCGUGUGAAGUGGUGGAG